AUGAAUUGUGAUAGUAUUGAUUUAAAUCGAGCAGAACAAGCCACUUCUUCAUUAAAAAGAGAUGAACGACAAGGAUAUCAAUCAAGAACAUUACCAAAUAAAGAUAAUGAACGAUAUGCUUAUUUAACUAUAUUUCCAACUAAAUCUGUUGGUCUAGAUGAUUGUGUACUCUUGGCUAAUGUACCAGUUACUCAUCUUGCACCUCAUGAAGUCGCUCGACGUCAACAUGGAGCAUACACGUCAGAUGCUCUGAUGAUGAUGAUGAAUCAGUACCGAUAUUCCAAUGGAUUUAGUUUAUCUGAACAAGAUGCUGAAGAAUUGGCUUCACGAUUAUAA